CAACAAAUCUCCCAAAAAAGAAACCAACUUUAUAUGAUGGGUCUGUUUUCUUCCCCCUCCCCACACCACACAACAAUGUGGACUCCCAAAGAAACCAUGUUUUCAAGAAUUGCCCAGAGUGGGGGGAGCAGGGAUGAGGAGGCACUCAUCAUGGCUGCGCUGCAGAGGUCUCCCACGGUCUUUCGUGCCCGGAAUUCGGUCUUUAUCGGGCAGGAAGGAGAUGUUUCGGUUCUGGAUGUCGGGCAGCUGAAAGAAGAGGAGCAGGUGCAAGUGUUGGAGAAGUUGGUGACUGCUAUCAAUGAGGAUACCGAGGCAUUUUUCAGAAGAGUUAGACGGAGAUUUGAGGCGUAAGUUGAACUUCGUUCAACUGUUUUUUGCACUCGUUUCUUUUGUUGUCUCCCUUCGCUUGCAGUUUUGGUGCAUUUCCAUUGUUAUUGGCAUGAAGAACUUUAGUUUGCUUGGAAAUUGGCGUUCCCUAUUGUAUAUGCUAUGUGUGUUGUCAAAAUGGGGAAAGUUUCCUCAUAGUAUGAACUAUUGUACCGAAAUCUAAACAGUGAAAAGUAUUCGAGCGAUUAGAGGAGUCAC